UCCUCCAAAACUUCUCCUCCGUCCGGAACAUUCGCCGUCUUCCUUCCCCACCCAAAACUCCCCAAGCCCAAACCCUAACCACCGCGGCAAUGGCGGCGGCGGAGAGGGCCGACGAGGCAGCGGACCCGCGCCGCGUCCGCAACACGUGCAUCCUCGCGCACGUGGACCACGGCAAGACCACGCUGGCGGACCACCUGGUGGCGUCCUGCGGGGACGGGCUCCUCCACCCGAAGCUCGCCGGCCGGCUCCGCUUCAUGGACUACCUCGACGAGGAGCAGCGCCGGGCCAUCACCAUGAAGUCCGCCGCCGUCGCGCUCCGCUCCCGGGCCGGGCACCGCGUCAGCCUCAUCGACUCCCCGGGCCACAUCGACUUCUGCUCCGAGGUCUCCUCCGCCGCGCGCCUCUCCGACUCGGCGCUCAUCCUCGUCGACGCCGUCGAGGGGGUGCACAUCCAGACGCAUGCCGCGCUGCGCCAGGCCUUCGUCGAGCGCCUCCGGCCCUGCCUCGUGCUCAACAAGAUCGACCGCCUCAUCACCGAGCUCAGCCUCACCCCCGACGAGGCGUAUGCUCGCCUCCACCGUAUCGUCUCCGACGUCAACUCCAUCUACUCAGCGCUGCGCUCGCAUUCCUACUUCUCUCUCCUCUCCGCCCUCGAGGACAACCCCUCCACCAGCUCCUCCUCCACUGACGAUCUUCCAGAGGACUUCGAAGACGACGAUGACAAUGAGGACGCGUUCCAGCCCCUCAAGGGCAAUGUCGUCUUCACCUGCGCACUCGAUGGCUGGGGCUUCCGCCCCCAACAGUUCGCCGAGCUCUACGCCAGAAAGGUCGGAGUCAAUCCAUCCGCCUUCCUGAGAGGAUUGUGGGGCCCGAGAUAUCUUGAUAAGAAGACGGGGAAGGUUGUGGGUAAGAAAGCCAUCAAGAGCGCAGACCCACAGCCAAUGUUCGUGGAGUUUGUGCUGAGUGCCCUGUGGAAGAUGUAUGAGCUGGUGCUGAAGGAUGGUGGCGAGAGUAAGGGGGUGAAGAAAUUGGUAGAGAACUUCCAACUGAAAAUUCCAGAACGGGAGCUGAAGAACAAAGAUCCGAAGGCGGUGCUACAGUCCGUGAUGAGCCGGUGGCUGCCGCUGGCAGAUGCUGUGAUGGAUAUGGUGGUGGAGUGCACACCCGACCCUGUUGCUGCUCAAGGGGUCAGGGUUGCACGGCUUAUGCCAAAGAGGGAAGUUACACCAGAAGAUGCUGCUGGUUGCCCUGAGGUCGUUGCGGAGGCAGAGAGGGUGCGGAGGUGUGUCGAGGCCUGUGAUGUGAGUAUAGAUGCGCCGGUUGUAGUUUAUGUGUCAAAGAUGUUUACUGUGCCAUAUAAGAUGUUGCCAUUGAAGGGAGUGAAUGGGGAACUGUUGAACCACCAUGGUGACAGUGAAUCAGAGGAGUGCUUUAUGGCAUUUGCGAGGGUCUUCAGUGGGAUCCUUCGUGCUGGUCAGAAGGUCUUUGUGCUAUUGCCAUUGUAUGAUCCAGUGAAAGGGGAGGCAGUGCAGAAGCAUGUGCAGGAGGUGGAGCUGCAAUACUUGUAUGAGAUGCUUGGACAGGGCCUGAAGCCAGUUGCCAGUGUGGGUGCUGGGAAUGUUGUCGCAAUUCAGGGCCUUGGGCAGCAUAUAUUGAAGAGCGCCACAUUGUCAUCCACAAAGAGUUGCUGGCCCUUCUCAAGUAUGAUGUUCCAGGUGUCUCCGAUGCUCAAGGUUGCAAUUGAGCCUUCACAUCCAGCUGAUCUGGGAGCUCUUGUUAAAGGGCUCAAGCUUCUUAACCGGGCAGACCCAUUUGUGGAGUAUACUGUUACACAGAGGGGUGAGCAUGUCCUUUCUGCCGCAGGUGAGAUACAUUUAGAACGGUGCAUAAAGGAUUUGGUGGAAAGAUUUGCAAAGGUUAAAUUGGUGGUCUCAGACCCCCUAGUUUCCUUCAAAGAGACAAUUGAAGGAGAAGGUGUUGGUUUAGUUGAGAGGUUGAAGGCCCCACAGGAAUUUGCUGAGAGGACCACUCCAAAUGGGAGAUGCACUAUGCGAGUUCAGGUCUUGAGGCUUCCCAAUGCUCUAACUAAGGUCCUUGAGGAAAGUGAACAAUUGCUUGGUCAAAUAAUUGAGGGGAAAACAGCAAAAAGGGAUGGUGUCUUGGAUCCAAGGCUUUCUCAAGAUGAUGGUGAUUCUGCUGCGAUGCUUAGGCAGCGUAUGAUCGAUGCCAUAGACAGUGAUUUAGAAGCAAUUUCUGAGGAAGUGGAUAAAGAAAAACUUGACAGGUAUAGAAAGACAUGGCUUGGAUACCUUGAAAGAAUCUGGUCACUAGGUCCUUGGCAGGUUGGUCCAAAUCUCCUUAUCUCGCCUGAUGCAAAAUCAAGUGAUGCUGUGAUAACCAUCCAAGAUGGAAGGCAAGGUAUACUUGUGAAUGGUAGAUCUCAUGUCUCUGAGAGAUUGGGGUUUGUGAAGGAAUCUGAUGCCAAAGAUAACAGCAAUCUUGACAACGGUGAAUCAGCAGCAGAUGCUCCUGAAUCAUUGCAUCUAGAGUCUAUGUCACUAAGGAACAGCAUUGUCUCAGGUUUCCAGAUUGCCGCAAAUGCUGGGCCUUUGUGCGACGAACCUAUGUGGGGUCUGGCGUUUAUUGUUGAGCCUUACAUAUUUGCUGAUGGCUCUGAUGCUGCUAAUCACUCUGAUCAAUACAGCAUUUUCAGUGGUCAAGUAAUCACUGCGGUUAAAGAAGCAUGCCGAGCAGCUGUUCUUCAGAACAAGCCACGGCUUGUUGAGGCAAUGUACUUCUGUGAAUUGACCGCGCCAAUGGAUCAAAGUCAUCCAACAUAUGCAGUUCUUAAUAAGAGGCGAGCAAGGAUUCUGAACGAUGAGAUGCAUGAAGGAACCUCAUUGUUCACAGUGCACGCUUACUUGCCAGUUGCUGAGAGCGUUGGAUUUUCGAAUGAACUUAGGAGUUUAACUGCAGGUUCAGCUAGUGCUCUGCUCGUUCUUAGCCACUGGGAAACUAUUGCUGAGGACCCCUUAUUUGUCCCAAGGACGCAGGAUGAGCUUGAAGAACAUGGAGAUGGUUCAAGCAUUGGGCCAAACUUGGCUAAGAAGCUUAUGAAUUCUGUUAGGCGAAGGAAAGGACUGCAUGUCGAAGAGAAAGUUGUGGAGCAUGGCACAAAACAGCGGACCCUUGCUAAAAAAGUAUAGCUGUGUUUUUGGUGGUACAACUAUGUCGCUGUCCAAGAUUUUGUCCUGCUGUACUGAAAUAUAAUCGAAGUUCUAUCUGGUCGUAUAGCUUUCCUUACUCGGCAUUGUUGUUUGAGAGUUGAGACACGGAGGGCAUUGGUGUUUUCUUUUUAAGUAUUAGCCAUUGCUUAUUGAAUGGCACCUUUUCUUGUCUAUGAAAUAUUGCGAAAUCUGUCUCAUAAAAACUUGUUCUAUCGUAUUAGAAA